UUGGAAUUUGCCUCAAAAUGAAAGGAUUAUUGUACAUUGGAAUGAGGAAUAUCAACCAAUUGGAGAUGGUGGCGCAUUAUUGAAUCGAUUCUUGGGAAGUAUCGCUAGAAACUUCAAGGCAAAGUUUGUAGUGAAUUCCGAUAUUCAAAUCAAUUACAUCUUGAAAGCGCUUAAUCAUAAAUGGAGAGAUUGUCGCCAAGAAUUGUGGCAACAAAGAGAUGAUGGCACCCGUACUAGAGAUGAAUUGAUUGUCAUGGCUCCAGAAGGCAUAUAUAGAGAUCAUUGGGCUUCUUUUGUUGACUAUCGACUUGAUGAAAGAACAAAGGAGAUUGCCCUAAAAAAUAAACACAAUAGGACAAAACAAACUCUUGCUCACACAGGGGGAUCCAAGAGCAUUGCAAGGAAGAGAGAAGAAAUGGAAAAAGAGUGUGGGCACAAAGUUAGCAGAGGAGAAGUUUGGAUAGCUACUCAUAAGAGGACCAAUGGAGCUUUUGUUAGUGAUGAGGCAAGGGAAAUUGGUGUAAGUUCCAAUCUUUUUAGUGACUCUGUGAUGAACACACCUCUUGCAAGAAAUCAGUGGUUCCUUUUCUUUCAGUACUUCUAA